AUGACUCCUUCGUCGUCCGAGUCAGACGAAGACGGACUUGGGUUCAAUGAUCAAAGACAUCGGAGUAAGAAGCGCGCGCUGAAUGCUGAUGCUCUCGUUGCUGAAAACUGCGACGGAAGCAGCAGUAGUAGCACGCGCGCUAUGCCUACCGAGCAGGAGGAGGCAAUUGCAAGGAGGAUGCAUCACGCUUUUGUCACGAAUGCAAUCAACGAGCUGCAGAGAGGAAACGCAAGCCUGAUCAACUCAAUCGCAGCCGAUUUCGCAGUGCCGCUCUUCACCCCGGCAAGUCUCUCGGCAGGCCAGAUGGUGCACAUAAUAUCGGCUCUGAUUCCCCAGAUGGAUCAUCUGUCGUCAAAGCAUUGCGUCGGACUCAUUCGCGAGAUCGUUAACCUGCAAGGUCUCGACGCCGAUAUCUCCAGCGUCCCUGCCACACAGAGGCAGUCCUUUAGAGCUUUGAUCAGUGCUCAUGGUCGAUUCGUGGGGAUCCUGGUGUCGAGCAUGCCGAAGUGGUACUCUGAAGUAGCUACCCGUGUCGUUGGCGAAUUCAGCACUGCAUCGGAGGGCGCCGGCGAACGGUGGCACUCGCUGCUCAGAGUGUUGGUCAAUCUCGUGCCGACCUCUGCAUCUGUUCUACAAAACGCUAUCGUCAAGAUGUUUCCGUUCAAAUACGACGACUCGGCAAUGCUCCUCUGCUACGUGUCGAAUAUCCUCAAGGUGACGGAGUACGUGCCGGAGUUACGCGGCGCAGUGUGGGGCGUCAUUCUCGAACGUGCCGUCGAGCUCGAUGUUGAUAUGGAAAACAAGCUCGGAGAUUUAGAGGAAGAAGACGAUGACGAUGAUGCCGAUGAUAACGUUGAAGAACCGUCGAUCUGGUCAGCCUCGGCUUCGGCUGCAGUGAAGGCCAAGAAACCUGUUGAGGACGAAUAUAAGGAAGACGACGUCAUUUUGUCAAACCAGAUUGCCACUCCAGAAGCUGAUAUGGACCCCACCAACGUCAAGGCUAUGUCGAAUAAGCUCGAUGCUUUGAUUUCAUUCCUCAUCUCUGAACUACAGAGCUCAUUUGAUGAUCCGAAUUCGGAUCCAGCCGACUCUCUUGCACUUUACUCAACCCUGCUUUCUCACUUCACCACCUACUUGCUCCCCACCCACCGCACCCACGCAAUCCAAUACCUGUUUUUCUCAGUCACUCAGUGCGCGACUGAAUGCACCGAAGCGUACCUAGCUCUGCUGAUCGAGCUGGCUUUGGACCCUGUCCGUCCCGUUUCCCAGCGACAGAUGGCCAUGCAAUACCUUGCGUCAUAUGUUGCGCGGAGCCGGUCCGUGUCCCGCUCGCAGCUGUACUUUGUCGUCUCUAUUCUGUCUGCUUGGAUCGCGCGCUAUAUCGACGAGCGCGAACUCGAAGUGCCCAGCGCGUCUGACAGCAUGGCAGAGUCAGGCACGCGAGCGUCUGUCGACAUGGCGCGCUUUACUAUGUUCUACUCCGUCGUGCAAGGGUUUUUCUACAUCUUUUGCUUCCGGUACGUCGAGCUCCGGGCGGAGGAGUAUAACGCCGACGACGACAUGGCGACGGUCGAAGACGGCAACGCGAGCGAGUGGAUCAGCAAGAUCCCGCAGCUUCUGCAGCGGAUCGUAAACACGCGGUUCAACCCCCUGAAAUGGUGCAACAAGCACGUUGUCAUGACAUUUGCUAAAGUCGCUCAGCGCGAAGGCGCAGCGUACUGCUUCUCGAUCAUCGAGCAGAACAAGCGCGACCGCCGAACGCAUACGUUGUCGCCGACCGCGGAGGGAAAGUACGAGGUCAUCGUGUCUUCGAACGAUCAAGCCUCGGCGUCGGGAGAGAUCUCGGGUGCGAAAAAGUCGGAGAUGAAGCAGUUGGAGGGGUAUUUCCCGUUCGAUCCACUCAUGCUGAAGAAGACUGGACGGUUGAUCAAGGGCGAUUAUAUCACGUGGGGCGAAGUCGCGGGCGAAGAUAUGUCCUCUGACGAUGACGAUGAGGAAGAUGAAGAUGACGACGACGACGAUGAUGAUGAUGAAGACGACGACGAAGAAGACGAAGAAGACGAAGACGACGGCGAGAGCGCAAGCGAAGCCGAAGAAGACGACGACGACGAAGACAAUUAA